UUUCUGACACGCGAUCUUUCCGAGAAAUUGAGUAAAGAAGAAUUCAAUAAACGAGGAUGUCUAUAAUUAUCUUGAACAUUGCUGGUCGCAACGCGGCGUUCCAUUUUGACCAUAGAUGUCAAUCGCGUGAUAAUUGUCGGUCUCGGUUGCUAGAAUAUUAUUCACCAAUGCGAGUAAUACGGUCGGAAGGUGUUGGUUGGGACUGUACUUUUGAUAGGACGCGUGCAAAUGACGCACAGCGUGAAAUAAUGCAAAAGACGCAUUGAAAUAAUGGUAUUUUCCAGUAGAUCGUUCAAUAUUCACCCGUCCUCAAGCGAAUAUUUUAUUCCACACUUUUAUCCGCUCAUUUAAUGUAAGGAAAACAAAUGCAAUGGCGCUUUUAAUGCAAGACAACCGUUAAGUAAAAAUGAUCUUACAAUUGAUAUACUGUGACUUUCUUAUCAUUUGGCGGAAGAACGUACGUAAUAAUAACUACGUGGUGGCUUCUAAGUGUUCUAUUAAACUUGUGAGAUUUUUCUCCAAACAUGUCGGUGUACUCAUUUUCUCCAGAAUUACUGGAAGUACACAUUAAUGAGCCAGCAGUCAACAAGCAUAUUCGACAAGUAAGAUACAAAGCAACUACGCUAACGGGGAAUAAUAAAAUAGCUUGGUUGCUAAAAGCGAUAAGUUUCAUCGAUUUAACCACUUUAAAUGGUGAUGAUACCAACAGUAAUGUGGCACAACUUUGUAGAAAGGCUGUCAAACCUAUGGACAACUUGCCAUUUGAAUGGGACGAACCGCUUCACACAGCAGCGAUUUGUGUUUAUCCAUCCCGUGUACAGGAUGCGGUGUCUACAUUGCAUGAAAUAGAUGAAAACAAGAUGGUCAAAGUGGCUAGUGUAGCUGCUGGCUUUCCCUCUGGCCAGUAUCCUUUAAAAUCCCGAUUAGAAGAAGUGCGUACUGCCAUAAAUAAUGGAGCACAGGAGAUAGAUAUCGUUAUUGACCGUACACUAGCUUUACAACAUAAUUGGGUAAAAUUGUACGAAGAACUAGUGGCCAUUCGUGAGAUUUGUGAUGAAUAUGGUAAAAUAUGUCUGAAAACUAUACUUUCAACUGGGGAGCUAUUUAACUUGUAUAAUGUGUACAAGACAUCCAUGGUAGCCAUGAUGGCUGGUGCUGAUUUCAUUAAAACAUCCACGGGAAAAGAAGCCGUCAACGCAACUUUGCCUGUCGGUACUGUCAUGUGCAGAGCAAUAAAAUAUUUUAAAGCGGAGACUGGGAGAAAGGUCGGCUUUAAACCUGCCGGGGGUAUCAAGACCGCACAGGAUGCCCUAGAAUGGAUGGUUUUGAUUAAAGAAGAAUUGGGAAACGAGUGGUUGACCAACUGUUAUUUCAGAAUUGGUGCAUCUAGUUUGCUUGAUAACAUUACCAACGAAAUUCUUAAGACCUACGAUCCAUAUAAUGACCCAGAAAUAUGUGAUAAAAAGGAUGAUAAAGUUGAAUCGGAAGUUUAUAAGAUUUUACAAUGUUCUUGAAAAUAUUAAGUUUAUAUUUUUGGAAUAAUAAUAUUCUUGUUACUCUAAGAUCUAA